AAAUCGAAAUCAAAAGCUUAGCAACAAACUUCUAUUUUUAACAACCCAAAUAUUUAUGUUUUUAAAAAUUGUCUUUACUGUUCUAAUUUUAAAUUCGGCGGGUUUAUAUCCACGAUGAAUACUAUUCGUAUAAAAUAUGAAAAAAGUAUUCAUCGUAUAAAAGGAGGCAAUCGAGUUGGCAGGUCUAACAGAUGUUUUUAAUAAUACAACAUAAACCGAGUUUUGUGAUUUGUUUAAUUCUUAAUUGUUAAAAAAACUGGGAAAAUAUAAUUUUUACUGAGAAAACUACUGUUCAACGGUCUCUACAGUGGAUCUCAGUCGGAAACAAGAACCUCAUCUCAAUAAUUUAGGCCUAAAAUAAUGUAACAGAGGAUAGUCUAACAGUUCAGAGCUGAAAAUGGAACAAGCGGAGGAUAUCCUUGUAAAGGUGGAGCCUCUGGCAGAAGAGGAAUUCCUUUCAGAGGAGUGUCAAACAGAACAAGAUAUGGAUAUUCUAGUUAAAGAGGAACCCAGAAUGUCGGAUGAAAAUCCAUCGGAUUUUGAUUAUGUGCAAGUUGAUGAGGACUCAGAGUCCUUGUACAUAACGAGCGAAUUUAAAUAUAUUUCGGGACUCCGUAAAAACUCAAAAUUACUCUUUUUAACCAGUACAAAACAUUUGUUCAAAAUCAAAAGCAAGACCAAGACUGUUUCGCGUUAUGUUUGCUAUGUAGGAAAUUGUAACGUCUCUACCAAAGUUUCAAGCCAUACAUGCACUCUGUCCAAAAAUUGCCGCUACAAUCAUGAUCCUCCAGAGGCAUUAAUAAAAAAAUUGAACCUGCUCAAUGCCUGCUCAAUGCCGUGCGAAAAAAACCUAAAAAGGAAAGGAAUUAAGGAAAUUUUUGAAGAAGAGUGCCAAAAAUCUAGGGAAUCAGGAUCCUUGGUGAACUUUUUAAAGAUUCGAAGACAGCUUUUUAAAAUUCAAAGUAAAGGAAUGCCCAGAAAAUUGCUAUCCGAAAACGAAGAGUUUCUGACUGAAUAUGGCAUAUCCAAGCAUAUUAAAGGCCCAUUUUAUCGGCAAACAAUUUUGGAAGACAAUUUAGCAUAUACUAUUUUUCUAUCACCAAGUAUUUCAAAAAUUAUAAAAAACAAUCCAGUACUCUAUUGAUGGCACGUUUAACACUGUACCUUCAUGUGGAUACAAAAACUUAAUUGUUGUCCAUUUUCACUUUAUGGAUCACACUUAUGCCUUAAUCUAUAUCUUGUUGUCGGGAAAGUCUAGUGAGGCAUAUGAGCAUCUUUUUGGCUUCAUAAACCAAAACAUUUUUCAAUUUGAAGCGGCCAGUUUUCUGACUGAUUACGAUUCGGACCUUCGUAAGGCGUUAACUGCAAUAUUUCCAAAAGCGACUCUAAAUAGUUGUUGGUUUCAUUAUUGCCAAGCUUUAAGACAGAAAAGUUUGAGUAUUAAAACCUUUGCAUGUACUAUCAAAAGAAAUGUUAACUGCUACAACUGGUACCAAAAAUUUCAAAGCCUAGCAUUGGUUGAUCCAAGGCACAUAGAACCAAUGCUUGCGACUUUAAAAUUAGACCUCUUAAAUUUGCCAAAGGAGAGCCAUAAAGAGCUUCAAAUAUUUUUGAAAUAUUUUGAAGAGGAAUGGAUGAUUAAGAUUACCCCUCAUAAAUUUACUGUCCAUCGUCAAGACAUGACCACAACAAUUUCGUUGGAGUCCUUUAACACAGUGCUUGGGCGAAAGCUAGAGAAACACUGCAGAUUUUUGAAAUUCCUAGAAGUGAAGAUCUUACUGCAUCAACAAUUCUGAGUAACACUGCUAAAGAACUGCUGAUUGUUGUUACCGAAAAACGCAUGGAACAAUGGAGUAGAAGAAAUAGAAUUCAGAAAGUAGUUAAUGAGUUUAAUGAGCAAAAAAUAUUAUGUUUAUAAGGAAAUGGAGCCAUUGCAGUGGGACUCCAAUAUGGAAACCACCGAAACGGAUUCCGACAAUGGGCAGGAUGAAGAGGAGUGUGAUGAACCCGAAUGGUAGACGUCCUUAAAUGCAUCAUAUGUAAUGACAAGCCUCGGGAUGUGGCUUUGAUGCCAUGUGGUCAUUUUAAAAUGUGCUCAAACUGUCUUAACGAUAUUACAUCGAAAGCGAAAACAAAUGACUCUUCAUUGGUCUGCCCAUGUUGCAGAAAACUAGUUAAGAACCAUAUUAAAAUAAUACAAUAAAAAAAAUCAAAGCUCGUUUUAUGUUAAAUUAGGGAAAUGUAUAGCUUCAUUGUGCGAAAAUAGGUAGGUAGGUAUAAUUUAUCUAUACAUCUAUAACCUUCACAGUGCGCACGUGGGUCAAUCAUAUCAUACAGUACAUUAUCAUCAAAUGGAACAAGUUCUGGUGAUAGAUGAACCCUUAUCCGACCACGAAGACAGAUCCAAGU